GUCUGUGGUGCUCUGCGGAGCGGACAGGGAGAGCCGCACUGCACACUGUGACGAGCCUGGACGGGGCGAGGCGGCGAUCCAAGCGUGGCCCUCAUCCAUUUAUCGCUAUGGGAAUCACCACAGCGUUCUUUCUGAACCAAGCCCUCAUCCCGUACUAUCUGAAACCGGUCCACCUGGAGACACAGACUAUAAAACACUGCAGUUGAGACCGUAUAGCGCUGCAUCAGAGCCUGGCUCAGCUUCUCUCCUCCGGUGAGCUGAGGAGCAGGAGGAUGACGAUGAGAAACAUCUAGAGAUGAGAAGUGUUUCUCCAGCAGACAACUUGGGCAAGGACGUCUGCUCGAUCCUCAUCACCCGUUCUUUCUAAAAUCAGGACCAUGCCUGCCAUGUGUGUGUCCGCAGUGCUCUUAUAUACACUGGUGGUUGACAUCUCAGCCCGGGUUUUGACCACAACCAGCCCGGCUGACCAGCCCGUGCUCUCUCCCCGUCACUAUCAGCACACCGACCCCGAUUCAGGCACCCAGCUGGUCUGCGACAAGUGCCCAGCAGGCACCUACGUGUCUGCCCACUGCUCCCCUACAGCUGUGAGGGAGUGCAGCCCGUGUUCCGAAGGCACCUUCACACGGGGCGAGAACGGCGUCCAGCAAUGUCAUCGCUGUCGGCCUCCGUGUCCUGCAGGCUUUAUUGAGAAAGCACCCUGCACGGCCACCCAGGACCGCAUUUGCACUUGCCCACCCAACAGCUUCUUGUCUGUGGAUAGUGGCACAGAGUGUAAGCCCCACUCACUGUGCCCUCGUGGGACGAGGGUGAAAAAGCGGGGCAGUGAAACGGAGGACGUGCUCUGUAAACCCUGCACCAAGGGGACUUUUUCAGAUGUGGAAUCGAGCGCGGUGAAGUGCCGAACCCACACGGACUGCCAGACCAAGGGGCUGGUGCUGCUCACACCAGGGACUAGAGAGACAGAUAAUGUCUGUGGACCACCUCCUACAGCCCUGUCCUCCUCUUCAUCCUCAUCUGCCUCUACAACUACCCCUCUGGGGCCUGCAUGGGCUGUGCUUGUACAGGAGCCCCUAACUUCUUCUCCAUUAUCAUCACUGACUGAACCUGCACAGAAAGGCAUCUACAGCCAGUCAGCGGCAAUUCAGCUGAAGGGAAGCCCAAGUGGGGAAGACCACCGUGCAGAGGGGCUGCUCCUUAGCCACCCUGGCAGUCCCACCCCAGUCAACCGUGAUCCCCCAAGGACUCCACCACCCCCAGCUCGCAAGCAACCAGUGGAUCGUGAGCAACAGCAGGGGCAACCCAAUUCUGAGCCUGUGCCUGGGCCCAACAGGCAGGCAAUGGAGGGUGCAGAGGUAGUCAGAGUUGGGAUCAGUUUAAGCAAGGUUGCUGAGCAGGAGAAUGGAGGUGGUGGAGGUGGGAUCUCCAGCUACUACAGGCCAACUCGCAGGGGGUCCCCAAGGCCGAGUACUCAUAAUCACUUUGACAUUAAUGAACACCUGCCCUGGAUGAUUGUGCUACUGCUCCUGCUGGUUUUGGUGGUAAUUGUGGUGUGUAGUGUGAAGCGGAGCUCUCGGGUGCUGAAGAAGGGUCCAAUGCAGGAUCCCAGCAGCAUCAUGGAGAAGGCAAUUCAGAAGAAACCAUCUGCGCCUCCAACACAGGUCAAAGAGAAGUGGAUCUACUAUUCCAACGGACAGGGGGUGGAUAUCCUAAAGCUGGUGGCAGCCCACGUGGGCACCCAGUGGAUUGACAUCUAUCAGUCGUUAGCUAAUGCCACAGAGCGCGAGGUGGCUGCCUUCUCCAACGGCUACUCGUCGGAUCACGAGCGGGCAUAUGCGGCGCUGCAGCACUGGACCAUCCGGGAUGGUGACGCCAAUCUGGCCAAGCUGAUCAACGCCCUGCACCGACAGCGCCGCAUCGAUGUGGUGGAGAAGAUCCGCUGUGUCAUGGAGGACAACCCGCAGUUUGACAUCAACCAGCUGAUGACCUCAGUGAAUGUAAGCCAAAGCCUCAGUCCCAUCCACAAGGCGCUGGAAUCCCCCAGCAGCGUUGGCAGCAACGGUGGUAGCAGCAGUGGCAGUAGCGUGGGCGGGGCCAGUGGCAUAGGUGUGGAGCAGUCGCCAGUGGACCGCACCAAAGGCUUCUUCCCUGAUGAAUCAGAGCCUUUGCUGCGCUGUGAUUCCACCUCCAGCAAAGACUCCGCCCUCAGUAGGAAUGGCUCCUUCAUUACCAAAGAGAAGAAAGACACUGUGCUCCGGCAAGUGCGUCUGGACCCGUGCGACCUGCAGCCCAUCUUUGACGACAUGCUGCACAUCCUGAACCCAGAAGAGCUGCACGUUAUCGAGGAGAUCCCGGCCGCUGAGGACAAGCUGGAUCGGCUUUUUGAGAUCGCGGGAGUCAAGAGUCAGGAGGCCAGCCAGACGCUGCUAGACUCGGUCUACAGCCACCUCCCUGACCUGUUAUAGUGGAGAGAGACGAGGAAGAAAACACUCAGACGAAAGCUGGCACAGAAUUAAGAGGGAAUGUCUAAAUAGGAAGAAUGAUGUGGUAGAAUCUGAUUCAUCACAUAAGUUUCUCACAUGAUUUUACCUGGGCGUUGUAGAUAAAGUGGCUCCUUCCUUCAAUAACUCUUUCAACUCUUUCCUCAUACUUUACUCCUAUUUACCUUCCAGUCUCCCUCUUCUGUUGUCUUGUGUGUAUGCACUAUUAAUGCUCCAAAACACCUCUACCCUCUACCAUGAUACAGGGUCAACCAUCAGUGUAAUGAAAGCAUUUUGAGUUACAUGACGAGGAGCUUCCAAACUUCAAAAAACCUAGGUUGAAAAGGAGCUGACUAUGUACUGACUCCAAGGAAAACCAUAAAAAAGCACUUUCUUUAUCUUAAAUGGCCAAUGCCUUCAUGUUUAAAGGAUAAUAUCAUUGUUUUUGUUGGUUGUGCCAAUCAUUCAGGCUUUUAAUGCCUUUCACAUGAUUUCAGUGUUAAAAAGUAAAACUUAAGAUAACAUGGCAGUCAUCGCUAAGUGGCUGCAUGAAAGGAAAUUUCACAGAGACAGUAAAUAAGCUACAACUCUAAAUGACACUGGUAUUAGUCUUUGGAUUUAAGGAAUUAAAGGCUCUUGUAAACCAGAUUCACAAGAUAUUUUGUCUAGGUGUGAACUGACCCCUAAAUCAUGUGCCUGAACUUGUUAAACGCCCCUUUUCUCACCUCAUCUGCCCUUUCUUUCUCCUUCCAACCCCUCCAGCUGCCUGUACUGUGGGCAUUUUAGCUGCCAGACCAACAGGUAGCAGCAUUAGAUUAGAGAGCUGAACUGCUGCUCUGGUAAAAAGCCAUAUAUGAAGAACAUUGGAUUAAAAUGUCAACCUAAUCCAAUAUUACAAUACUGGAGUAAUUCUUACCUUAUUGUGAAAUAUGGCUUUGUCUUCAACUGUUUGCUUUUGGAUGAAAAGCCUCCAAAACAAACAUUCGUCCCAGCCUGGAACCAAAGCCAUAUAUCUAAAACACUUCAGAUACAUUGCUUUGGAAACUCUGUCAC